AGUGAGAGCUGAGGCAUUUAGAUUCUAACCUGGAGGUUUCUGAGGAGGCCAGUGCCAUCAAGGCCCAACCUCUGGGAAAACUGCCCUGAGGGAUGCCAACAAUGACGGAAGGUGACAAGGGACAGGGAGGGGGAAGGGCUGGGCUGGGCCGCCUCUCCCGUGGCACAGUCAGGACACUGAUUCCUCAGAUGUGGGUGGCCCCCUUUCAGAGAGGCAGAGACAGCCACUCUCACCAUGCAUUAUGCCCUCCUCCCCAAGUUCCUGGGGCCGUGGGAGAUGCCUGGACCCUCUCAAUGACCUUGGUUCCUGCUCACCUUCCUUAUGGGGUCUGUCCUUCCAGUACCUUCUCCUACCCUCUGUAAGGCAUCUUCUAUGUCCAGCUGUGGGGCAGGGAGCGGGUGGUCAGGAAGGAUCUGACCUUUAGCUGGGCAGAGUGACAGGUGUGCUGAAAGAUGAGCUCCUAAACAUGAUCCUGAGCACGGGGUGGGGAUCGGCUCUGUUUCAGCCCCUCCCUGAGAGCAUGACUGCGCAGCUUUAUAUAGCUCAGCGGCCCUAUAUAACCAGAAAGUGCCCUCACCACAGAGGGAGCACAUGGUAGCAGCACUGGAAGUCCUGCUGGCUGGAAGAGCCUGCACUCGCAUCUGGUCUGGCUGGGCGCACUCCUCCCUCCAGCAGUAGUGUCCCCACAGGGGCAGCCCAGGCCACGGUCUCCAGGAUGCCCAGCAGAACGUCCCGUUACUCCCGCUAUAGCCCACGGCAACGGCGGCGGCGACGGCUGGUCGAUCGCAGUGUACGCUUCCCUAAUGAUGUCCUGUUCUUAGACCACAUUCGCCAGGGUGACCUGGAGCAGGUGGGGCGCUUCAUCCGGACUCGGAAAGUUGCCCUGGACACCAUCCACCCCUCCGGCCUAGCCGCCCUACACGAAGCCGUGCUCUCUGGAAACCUGGAGUGUGUGAAGCUGCUGGUCAAAUAUGGGGCUGACAUUCACCAGCGUGAUGAGGCAGGCUGGACACCCCUGCACAUUGCCUGCAGUGACGGGUACCCGGACAUAGCCAGGUACCUCAUCUCGCUGGGAGCAGACAGAGAGGCAGCCAACGAUGAUGGCGACCUGCCCUCAGACCUCAUUGACCCGGACUUCAAGGACCUGGUAGCGCUCUUUGAAGGGACUACUAUGGCCUGAACCUAGAGCUGCCCUUCCAGGGCUCUCCCGUUCCCUGGAGAAGUCGGGGUCCACCUCUCCCAGGUGCUACGACCUGCUCCCAACGAGGGGCCCGGCCGUACCUGGGCACAAGCCCCGCCCCACAGACCUCUGACCUGGCUUUUUCUCCAGGUGGAUUUUUUAUUGUGACACUUUUUACUUUUUCAAUAAACCUGAUUCUCAA